UUGGACAUGAAUUAUAGAUCGUUGGUUGGUGACAUUUUAUGGCUACAUAGAGAAAUACUGGUAGUCGUUCGGAUGGGACGUAAAACCGAUGUCCCACGUACACAUUGGCGUGCACGUAAAAGAAACCUUGACAGUUGGAAUUCGAAAUAAGAGUAGACAGUAGUAUCAAUAUGCGGGCACAGUUUACUCUCACAGCCCACCGUAAAACGUAUACCAGUCUUCUUUAGCUAUGACGGUGAAGACAAGUAGUUAGUUAGUUAAACCCAAUUUUAUUUCAUUUCUUUUCGUCCCCGUCUUUCUAAGAAAACUGGGGACGAUCAACACGUGUUCGACACCACAUCUGUAUGUCACAGGGUUUGGGACAAAAAACCUCUGCUUAUAAUUGAGAUAAAUAUUCCAACUUGGUGUAGAUGUUCAAUGGGCGGAUGACUUGUUUGAGUUCGAUGAUGAACACUUUCUGCUUAGGUUGAGCAGCUGUCUGUGUUACAUCACAUCAAUAGCGACCUUUCGCAUUGGUACGAAAACGUCACCGAUUCGUGUGUACUUGUGACGUCAAUCCGUACAUGAGUGUUCGGCCAGUUAAGAACGUCAUACUUCGGAUUGCGAAACCGCGUGUUUGUGGAUACGUAAUACUGCGACCAUACGGCGACUAGAAAAUGCACAAGGUCGCCGGCAAACGUGAACACAACGCAAGAAAAUGUCCCAAACUUGAAAAAAGUCGCGUUCUCACAGCUGUCCAGGUCAGUUUGCAGAACCUUCGCGUUUGUUUUGAACAUGCUCAAAACAAACGCCGUGACUCGGCGAUCAUAGCACGAUUUUCCGUCUCCGUAUCAGCACAAUAAGGACGCCAACCAGGUCUGACGGGGUAUUAACGAACGCGUGUUCGCUUUCGUACCGAUGCGAAAGGUCCCUAAUAUCUUGACUAAGUUUGACACUGGCCAUUUUUCUGCUCAAGUUAAGCAGAUGAUACACAAUUUGAUUGUUCGAUGCUUUUUAAAAAAAUAUAAAUAUGUUUUUAUUAUUAAUGAGGGUUAUCUAUUUAUUUUAGGAUUGAGGCGGGGAACAUCAUGCUCGCUGUUGAUCUUUUUCUUGAACUGCUUGAGUCCUAUUAAAUGUCGCGAAAUCCUGUCUUUUUGUGCACUUACAACUGUGAUGACAGUUGAAUACCAGGGGAUCUAAUUAUCCGUGAUCUGGUCUAUUGUGUAUACUUUACUUGAACAUACUUUAAAUAAACAGACUUCUUCUAUUGCCAACGGACUCAUUGGAGAUGAUCACGAAACUGUUAUUAACAUAAAUCGUUAGUCGCAAGACUACGUGUAGCUCAAUGUUGUGAAUAAUUAAUUGCAGCACACGGUCUGUCCAGUAUUACACGUGAUUACAGUUGGUUAUUUCAAAAUGAGUGAACGAUCGAAAGUACGGAUAAAUAUAGGAGGACAAUUAUUCGUUACAAGACAGUCACGUCUUAAUAAGUUUCCGGGUUCGAGAUUAUCUCGUUUAAACAAGGACUCAGAUGAGUUCGAGGAAGAGAGUGGAGAGUAUUAUUUUGACAGAGAUCCCGCAUUGUUUAGCCCCAUAAUGAAUCUGUAUCGAAAUCACGGGCUCCAUCUACCUAAACAUGUAUGUGGUAGCUACAUGCUACAAGAAUUACAGUUUUGGGAGAUACCCGAAGAACUUGUGUCAGAAUGUUGUUGGAAGGUUCUGUAUAAGGUUGAACGUAAUGAAAAUCUGGCUGAAGCAAUGCAAAAGAUGGCAGAUUCCGCAAAAUUUGCGUGUCUUUCACCUAGCGAUGCACAAAGACGAUAUUGUAGAUGGAAGCAUGCUAUGUGGAUGCUUCUCUCUAGACCACGAUCAUCAUUUCCAGGAAAGAUAUUUAACAGCUUAUAUCUACUGAUGGUACUGGUAUCUGUUUUUGUUUUUGUCAGCAAUACUCAUCCAGCUUUUAGAAUUGAACGCAUCUUCAACUUUACCAACCCCCAGCCUUAUAUCAAUAUUAACAAUUCUAUAUAUUUGAUGUUUUAUAAUACUGUUCCGCACCCAUCGCUUGUUUAUGUCGACGUGAUCUGUGCUAUUUUCUUUACGUUAGAAUGGCUGCUUUCCUUCUUUACUACUCCUUGUAAGUUCAAGUUUAUGAAAAAUGCUCUGAAUAUCAUUGACGUUUUGGUGAUCAUAUGUAAUUGGGCGACGCUUAUCAUAGACAUGGCUUUUGACGACGGAUUCAUAAUGUUUCAUCCCACUUCUUUCGUAUACAUUUCUUACAUCAGACUUAAAUACAUCUCAGUGAUGAGAAUUUUGCGAUUCUUUAAAUUAGCGGAAAGGUUCCCAUCCCUUCAUAUAAUGUUGUUGUCGGUUAGAAAGAGUAUUAGAGAGUUGACAAUGAUGACAGUGUGCGUAUUUAUCAUCGCAACUUUGUUUGGAUGUGCUCUGUAUUUAGCUGAAGUUGAGGAAGAAACAGUUACGGAUAUUCCAUUAGGCAUUUGGUGGGCAAUCGUCACUAUGACAACUGUUGGUUAUGGGGAUAUAUAUCCAAAAACGGCCUUGGGCAGAUUUGUUGCAUCUUGUUGUGCUAUUACCGGUUUGUUAGCAUUAUCAAUGCCAAUUGCAAUCAUUGCUUCAAAUUUUAAUGAAUAUUACACGCGAGACAAAGAACGUGAGAGGAGAAUAAUAUGGGAAAAGGGAAAUAACUCUGAAAAGCCCGACUUGUAACGACAUCUUGUCUCUAUUACGUACCUACUCAUUCUGUGUAAAUAUGUAAUUUAUGAAAUUAUUUAAAACUUUUAAACAACGUAAUGAAAGUGAUACAAGUGGCUUUAAAAAAACGAGAAAACAUUCAAGGCUAUUCCGAUAAAUAAAGUAAACGGAACAGUACUGCCCGGAGAUCGAAAUGACAAGAGUGAUUUUUUUUUUAUAUUUCUAUUUCUAUCGUAAGCCAUGAAUCUGCAUCUUUGUCGUCGUGUGAUUAUCUAGGCCACAAUAUAUGUAUGUUUGUAUCAUAGACCCAGUGCAUUAAUAUUAUUGACAUUAAUUAUCAGUCUUGUAACUUUUUAGCUUUGGGGUGAUGUGGGGGGGGGGGCGCAUAUUUUUCACCAAUGGACGCCCCACUCCCACCAAAUAUCCUGCGUCUGCUACUGUCACCAAGUAAUGUACCCCUGUUAAUGAGGACAUUAACACGAGUGAGGGUAGGCCUAGAGAAGUUCCUACUUAGACCCACCCAAUCAAUGUGAAUAAUAGGGGCCAAGUAGACUGGAGUAGACCAGACCUACUUCUACACUCUUUUUUUAUCGUUUAUCUCAAAAGUUAACGCCUCAUUUACUACUAUCUUUUGUAGACCUAUUUGACUGAUAAUUCAGGUUGAGAUAUCGGACUAAUUAUGUAUUGCUGUAAAAUUAUGAGAGAGAAAAAUGGGGUUCAACAUCCAGUUUAGACAAACUAGGUCAUUUAAAGACUAUCAUAUGGUAGAAUUUUAUUUCAAUAAUUCGCUUGCGGGAGAAACCCGAUGACCACACCCUACCCUUUUAUUAUUGUUAUUAAACUAUUUUUUUAUUACUAUUUAAACUAAUUUUUA